CAAUGGAACGCCGCCUUCAUCACCAUAUCGAUGCCCGACAUCCGACCUCCCCUCUCGCGUGGAGGACCCGUGGACUACGGGGCGGACCUGUCAUUUGAUCAUAGGGUUCGCGUACGUGUGUCAAUCGAGCACGUUGAUGGGCGUGGAAACAACAACACACACAUACACGCACGUGACGGGGUCGAUUGGGAGAUUCGCGAUGGGGUUAUAUGUUGUCGUUAUGCGUUGUCGAACCACAGCUAAGAUAGGGUAGGAUAUCGAAACACCGACCUGCAGUACGUUGGAUCUCAUGGCGCGAGUCACGGUCACGAUCACCCGUGAAAGCCGUCCGCUUCUCACCCGACGUUCAACUUUCCCGACGGACGCUCCAAACCCCGUUAGAAUCGCGUUUCUCAGAUGCCCAAGUUUCACAUGGGAAGAAUCAUCCAGCCACGUUAGAAUAGUCACCUCGUUCUCUGCUCCGUCGCGGCUUUUGGGGGCUGGUGUUUCAUCAAACCGACAGUCCAGCCCGCACUGUACUGUAGAAUGGUUCAUUUCGACUCAUCCAUCAAGGAGGGAAUCUGCGGAGGGGACCUCGACCAUCAUGAGGCCCCAAAGGAAAACUCAAGCGGCUUUCGAAUCACCCCAUAGAUCUUUCUUUUCUCGCCCGAUGAAUUUCGGCGAGUGUUUCACCAUGGGAAAAGCAUCACGCCGUGCCACGACCGCGGGUGGGGGGUAUUUCUUUUUCGGGCAGCAAGACCUCUUUUUCUAUGUGGGAGGCGCAGGAAAGUGUCCGAAGACCAGAGGGAGAUAGAGAAAGUGGGAGAGAGUGAGACAGAGGGAGAUAGAGUUUCGUGAGCGGCGCUGGCGGGUGGGUGCCUGACGAUCAAGGGUCCGAUGUCUCUUCCCUUUUCCUCGCGGAGAAAUACAAUCAAUAGUCAUGUCCUCUGUUUUCCCCCGACU